AAUAUUAGAAUAAAUAAGCUAAGUAAUAAAUUAAACUUUAGAAAACUUAAACCUUUUAGAAUCUUAAAGAAAAUUAGUAAAGUUAACUAUAAAUUAGACUUACCUAAUAAUAUGCAGCUUAAAAUAGCUGUCUUUUAUAUAUUACUACUUGAAAAAGCA